AUGGUGCCUGGCCAAAAAAAUGGGAAUAAGAGUGGCUUAGGUUGGGUUUUCAGAAACAAUGGGGGUGAUGUAGUCUGGAUAGGAGCUAAAGCAGUCCCACGUCUCAGAUCAGCUAUUGAGACAGAAGCAGAAGCUCUAAGAUGGGCAGCUUCUACCAUGGAAGCUCUUAACGAUGAGAAUUUUGUUUUUGAAACUGACUCAAAAGAACUAGUGGAUGCACUAUCGGGGAAAAGUAGUUGGCCUAUCUUGGAUGCAGUUCUUCAAGACACACAAAACAUGCUUCAUCGGAUUGGCAAUGUUGAGGUUAAACACUACCCGAGAUAA